AUGCCCGAGCGCAGGAUCGGCUUCCGGGUAGUCUCCGCCUGGGAAAAUGGGGAAAAGGCUGUGGAACUUGGACCUGGGGACUGGGCUGCUAUCAACACCGACAUCUUUGCCAGGACGAAGAUAGAUCCCAGCGCCUUGGUGCAGAGGCUGGAGCUGGACGUGAGGAGUGUCACUGCUGCUGCCGUCAGGAAAGGUGCUGAGGUGAGGGCUGUUUUGCCCAAGAAGGAGAAGCUGAAGCUGAGGCGUGAGCGGUGGCUGCAGAAGAUUGAAGCCAUAAAGCUGGCUGAGCAGAAGCGCAGGGAGGAGCAGAGGCGGAGGGCCACGGCAGUGGUGGGGGACCUGCAGCCCCUGAGGGACGCCCUGCCCAAGGUGCUGGAGCUGAAGGCUGGCAGUCAGCGGCCAGCCAGAGGCAGGGGGUAUAGCCAGCCCAGGCCUACCGAGCUCAGCCGCAUGAGCACAGCCCAGAGACGCCAGCUCCUGGAGGAAGAAAGGACCCGCUUUCAAGAGCUGCUGGCCAGUCUGGCCUACAGAGCUAGCCCCCUGCUGUCCAUCGGGCAGCAGCUGGCCCACCAGAUGCAGCUGGAAGGUGGUGGCCAGCUCUGACCAGAGUGGUGGCUGUGCCCGAGGCUCCAAGGGGCACGGAGGCAGACAGGGUGCCCAGAGGGGCCUGCGCCUGAGGAUCGUGUUGAGAGCCUGGGUGGACACCCCUCCCUUCGGGUCCUUUUGCCUUGUUAGGGUGUGGGGAGGAGAAAAGCCAACUAUGAGGGUCAAUAAAGUGUUUUGUGAGCACCUU